AUGGAAACGCAUAUGAAGAAGCAGUGUUUGUUCAUGUUGAAACUGAUGACCAAGCUGCCAGGAGCACCUACUCUAGUGGAGACAGAACCGACCGACGGAUACGCAACAUCACCAUUAUGUGAGGCGAUCGCCAGGGUAACAGUCCCGCAUCAGCUUCGACUCCCUAUUUGGACCACCCUCUACGACGGAACGUCCGAUCCUUACAGGAACGUCAACUUCUACAAGCAACGAAUGUGGCAGAUCGGCAUCCCGUACGACCUGGUUGAACCUGUCAUGUGCAAAUAUUUUGGAGGUACCCUCGACAGAGAAGCUCUGGAAUGGAUCAUGAACAUCACCCCCGAAUCCAUAUCCUGCCUUGCUGAUCUCAUCAACGCCUUCUAUCAACAGUUCGCUAGCAGUCGCCAGCUGGAAAAGCAGACGAAUGACCUCUAUCGGUUGGCCCAAGGACCAAUCGAGUCGGUACGCGAUUAUUUUAACCGUUUUAAUUGUGAAAAAAUUAGCAUAAAAAACUGUGAUGUCAAGACAGCUAUCGAAGCAUUCACGAGAGGUCUCAUCCCCAACUCGGAGUUGUACCGGGAGAUCACCAAAUAUCCCUGCGCAACCUUCGAGGAGGUCAGAUCGAGAGCCACUGCCCAGAUGCGGAUCGAGGAUGACGAAGUUACACGGUCGACAGCACCACGAUCAGCAGGGGGCAUCAGCGACAGGCGGUCGAAUCAAUGGCCCGACCACCCCGACAUCUCUGAAUAUGGCUUCAAUGUCGACAUCGGAGGCGUCUUCAACACCCUUCAAAAUGUAGGUGGAACUGUCAUAUGGCCUAGGAAGAGCGACAAACCAGAUUCCAUGAAAGACAUGAGGAAAUGGUGCGAGUUCCACCGUGACAACGGCCACAAAAUCGAGGAGUGCAUCUCCCUUAAAAAGGAGAUCGCAUAUCUUCUGAAACGGGGGCACCUGAAAGAGCUGCUGAGCGACAAAGGGAAGGAGACAUACAACAAGGAGAAACCCGCCCAACCCGACCCAGCGAAGAGCAGCGACCGACCGACCCCGCCUAAAUUUAACAAAGUGGUAAACGUUAUUUCUGGUGGUUCAGAUAUUUGUGGACUAACUUCUUCUGCAGCGAAAAAGAUUAACAGGGGAGAAUCUGAAGCCGUCAAAGAGGGGCAGACUGAGGAUGAGAUCGCACUCGACAAAUCCCUAGCAGCAAUGUCAAUCACCUUCGACGACUCAGAUUCAGUGGACGCACAUCAGGAACAUCAUGACGGAUUGGUAAUAUCGCUCCCAAUAGGCAACGCUCUAAUUAAAAGGAUACUGAUCGACAACGACAGCUCGACAAACGUACUGUUCUUGGAGGCCCUACAUGAAAUGGGGCUCGAGGAAAAGAACAUUGUCAGGAGAUCGACAGUCUUGGUAGGGUUCAAUGGAGAAUCGCUGCGAACAGUCGGAGAGAUAUCAUUACCCACAUAUGUAGAAGGUGUCAACAUCAUGACUAAGUUCAACGUCGUCGGCUGCCCAUCAGCAUACAACGUCAUCUUAGGGAGACCAUGGAUCCACAAAAUGAAAGCAGUAAUAAAAUUCCCAACCAAAUGGGGUGUCAUGGAGAUCAAAGGACAGCAAAGGGAAGCAAAGAAAUUCUAUGAAACUGCGCUGAAACCAUUAACAUCAUCCAUCUAG